AUGGCGCCCAUUCUCAAUGCCCUUGGGGUGCACGUCGCUUGUCUCGGAAACCACGAUCUGGACUUUGGGUUGGAGAACUUCGAGAAGUUUGCAGGGGCGUGCGCGUUUCCGUGGCUGGUUGCGAACAUUCUGGACAAAGAUACUGGGGAACCCAUUGGUGGUAUGGGCAGGGUGUGGAUGGUUGAGACGUCUGGUGUCAAAGUCGGCGUUGUGGGGCUUGUGGAGCACGAAUGGCUGGCGACUUUGGCCACAGUGGAUGAAGGCGAUUUGCAUUACAUUGACUUUAUAUCCGAGGGAGCCAAGCAAGCCGCGCAUCUUCGUGAGCAGGGCGCCGAAUUGGUUGUGGCUGUGACGCACAUGAGGGCUCCCAACGACCGGAAGCUGCUUGAACACGUAAUGGGCGUGGACAUCGUCUGCGGCGGACAUGAUCACAGCUACCAGGUAAAUGCCGCUGGCCCAGGGAAAACAACCUCAUUGUGCACAAUUUAA